CAGUGUCUGCCACCCGCCUGUAGUCCUUGGAUGGAAUGGGAUAGAAAUCAAAACCAGAAGGCUUCCCAUUACGGUCGGCAUUCUUUACUACAGUGAGCAGCGUCGAGUGAAACUGGCAGCGGAGUGCCAGAGCGCCGGAUUCCCAGGCACCCUCGUUCCGUACAAGUGUGACCUCUCCGUUGAAGAGGAGAUCCUCUCCAUGUUCUCGGCCAUCAAGACCCUCCACCAGGGGGUUGACGUCUGCAUCAACAACGCCGGACUGGCCCGGCCAGAGCCCCUGCUGUCCGGCAAGACGGAAGGCUGGAGGACAAUGCUGGACGUCAAUGUCAUGGCCAUGAGCAUCUGCACCCGCGAAGCGUACCAGUCCAUGAAGGAGCGAAACAUUGACGAUGGCCAUAUCAUUAACAUUAAUAGCAUGAAUGGCCACAGUGUGGCCCCACAGUCUGUGGUGCAUUUUUACAGUGCCACAAAAUACGCUGUCACGGCACUGACGGAAGGGCUACGGCAGGAACUCCGAGAGGCCAAGACCCACAUCCGAGCCACGUGCAUAUCUCCAGGACUGGUGGAGACUGGAUUCGCUUUUAAACUCCACGAUAGCGAUCCGGAGAGAGCGGCUGCAACGUACGAGAGCAUUCGAUGUCUAAAAGCUGAGGAUAUGGCCAAUGCUGUCCUCUAUGUCCUCAGUGCUCCACCUCAUGUACAGAUUGGCGAUAUCCAGAUGAGGCCGACUGAGCAGCUCUCCUAGCAAACUAAGAAGAUUAGCUGUUGGCGCAGUACAGGGAGAACGGCCUCCAUCCGUCUAGGCGUUUCCCUCUGCUGACUGGUGACAUUUUAAGGCCAGAUAUGAAGCGUUACUCCCCCCAUUUCUCCUUUUUGAGCUGUUGUCAGACUUGUGGAAAGUAAAACAGAAAGCUUCGGUUGGUUGUGGGAAACCCCCUUCUGUCCCCAAUGUGUUGCACGUCUUCAACGGCCAAAAUUAAUUUGAAAGCACCUGAAGAAGCUCGUCCCGGCGAUACUGAAUUACCUUUCUGGAGGACGUGGGGUCCUCACAGGUUUCAGGUGAGUCAAGAUGACGUCGGAGGAGGGACCAUCAAAGGCUAGCGCCUCGCUCUGUGUGUCCCACCACUUGGUUGUCGUAAUUAAACCACGCCACGUGGACCGUCAUUUCAUUUUUGGCUGGCCGAAGCCAUUGCAAGCCGCCGAACAGCCGGUUUCUGCAUCUCUUCUUUUCAGCCACGGCUACAGAGACAGCCAUGAAGAAAAUUCCCCCCUGAGGAUCUCAGAACUGCGGAUUUGCCUUAAGAUCUGCACAACAGGACUGUUGGUUGAAUGUCUGUCAUCCACCGACUUCUGUAAUCUAUGCUGUAAACUCUUACACUGGUUUUGUUCCACUGUUUUCUGUCGUGGCCUCCCCCCUCCCCCCCUGGAGAAUGUUGGGAGGUGUCAUUAGAAUCGUCAGGCUGGGGCGGGGCUGCCAACUUCUUGGUGGGGCCUGGAGAUCCCCCCGAAUCGCAAC